ACGACAAUACAACACUAUAUCAAUAAGUUCAUGGUCGUUCUCUUCAACACAACUCAACUCAACUCCUCCUUGCCGUGCUAAGAAAACUGCAACUCUUCCUUCAAGUCAAAAGCAUGGAGCUCGCUCAAAAACCUGUUAUCGUACGACAAGUCUUUGAAGAUGAAUUGGAAUAUGAACUUAGGUUAAUUCAAAGUGUGGUUGAAGAUUAUCCUGUGGUUUCAAUCGAUACUGAAUUUCCAAAUACUGUUUUCAAACCAGACAAAGAAAUCGUCGUAUUGGGAAACCAACAUAUCACCUAUCAUUAUAUGAAAUCCAAUGUUGAUAUUCUGGACAUGACUCAAUUGGGUUUAACCUUCUCAGAUUGUGAAGGUGAUUUGCCGGAUUUUGAUACUCCGUUUUGCUACGUGUGGGAGUUCAAUUUUAAGAGUUGUGGGAAGAACAGAAGGAAGGGUAUUGAUUCAAGAGAUUUUGCUACCAUGUUCUGGAAUUUAGGGUUGUUCAAAUAUUUCAGAGGUUCAACGUGGAUGGCCUUCCAUGGUUCUUAUGACUUCGGAUUUUUGGUGAAGAUUUUAACUCAACAGCCACUUCCGUAUGACAUAGAAUCUUUUAUGGGGCUAUUGGUGUAUCUUCUUGGCGACAAAAUAUUCGAUGCCAAACAUACCUUCAAGUGUUUUCGUUUAUUGGGUAGUCUGGACAAAGCGGCGAAACAGUUGAACGUGGUUCGUCUUGCUGGGUCGAGUCAUCAAGCAGGAUCUGAUAGUUUACUCACCCUUCAAUGUUUCAAUGAGUUGAGAAGAUUGGAUGCUUUUGGAGCGAUUAAGAUACCUACACUUGCAUUGUAUGGGCUUCAAUUGUAGGUGGACAGUUCUUUAAUAUUAUUUUUAUAAUGUUGUAUAGUUUGUCGGAUUGAAUUGAAAAUGUUUUUAUUUGAA